AUGAAGGUUCUUCUCCUCCUCCUCCUCGCUCAGCUCUGCUCAUCAUCGCUGGUUCCUGAGAGGGAGAAGGACCCUGAGUACUGGCGGCGGCAGGCGCAGGAGACCCUGCGGGCAGCGCUGCGGCUCCAGCGCCUCAACCAGAACGUGGCCAAGAACCUCAUCCUCUUCCUGGGUGACGGCAUGGGCGUCUCCACGGUCACGGCCGCCCGCAUCCUCAAGGGGCAGCUGCAGAACCGCAAGGGUGAGGAGAGCCUGCUGGAGAUGGACCAGUUCCCAUAUGUGGCCUUGGCCAAGACCUACAACACCAAUGCGCAGGUGCCCGACAGCGCGGGCACAGCCACUGCCUACCUGUGUGGGGUCAAAGCCAACGAGGGCACGGUGGGCGUCAGCGCCGGCGUCACCCGUGACCGCUGCAACACCACCAAGGGCCAGGAGGUGACCUCCAUCCUGCGCUGGGCCAAGGACGCAGGCAAGGCCGUGGGCAUCGUCACCACCACGCGGGUGACCCACGCGACCCCCAGCGCCGCCUAUGCCCACUCUGCCAACCGGGACUGGUACUCGGACGGAGAGAUGCCCCUGGACGCGCUGCAGGGUGGCUGCAGGGACAUCGCCCGGCAGCUGGUGGAGAACAUCCCUGACAUCGAGGUGAUCCUGGGUGGGGGGCGGAAGUACAUGUUCCCCAAGAACACCAGUGAUGUGGAGUACCCCCACGAGGACAAGCACCGCGGCACACGCCUGGACCGCAGGGACCUCGUCCAGGCCUGGCACGAUGCCAAGCCCCCCGGCAAGCUGGCCAAGUACGUGUGGCACCGACGGGAGCUGCUGGCACUCAACCUCAGCCGCGUCGACUUCCUCCUGGGCCUCUUCGAGCCCGGGGACAUGAUGUACGAGCUGGACAGGGACAAUGACACAGACCCCUCCCUCUCCGAGAUGGUGGCUGUGGCCAUCAAGAUGCUCCAGAAAAACCCCCGGGGGUUUUUCCUCCUGGUUGAAGGGGGCCGCAUCGACCACGGGCACCACGAGGGGAAGGCGAAGCAGGCGCUGCACGAGGCAGUGGAGCUGGACAGGGCCAUCGGGCUGGCCAGCAGCAUGACCUCAGCCCAGGACACGCUCAGCGUGGUCACCGCCGACCACUCGCACGUCUUCACCUUCGGCGGCUACACCCCCCGCGGAAACCCCAUCUUCGGUCUGGCCCCGAUGCAGAGCGACGUUGACCGCAAACCCUUCACCUCCAUCCUCUACGGCAAUGGCCCUGGCUACAAGAUUGUGGCAGGAGAGCGGGAGAACGUCUCUGCUGUGGACUUUGCUCACGCCAACUACCAGGCUCAGUCUGCGGUGCCGCUGCGCCAGGAGACCCACGGCGGGGAGGAUGUUGCCAUCUUCGCCCGGGGGCCCAUGGCUCACCUCCUGCACGGUGUCCACGAGCAGAACUACAUCCCCCACGCCAUGGCCUACGCCGCCUGCAUCGGCUCCAACCGCGGGCACUGCAACGCCGCCGCCCGCGCCGCCGCCAGCCUCUCGCCCUUCCUCACCCUCCUCCUCCUCCUCUUCCUCCUCCUCUGCUGA